GCAGAUUGCGGCGGGGCUGGGGAGGUAUCCGCAAGAGCGGCCGAUCCAGCAAGGAAGAGGUCUGAUCUAAUAAAAUAGGCGAACCCACCAGUCAGAUUGGAGCCGGACACCACCGUCCUUCCUUCCCCUGCAUCUAGAGUUUAUGGAGAUUGAAGAAUCUGGGGCGCCCCCUGGCCCUGGCCGCGGCAAGAAGCGGCCUCCUUCCCCUCCUACUCCGGACGACGACGAGUCUACAACUAGCAUCGAUGACACCGAAUGGUUGGUCAGCGACAGCGGCAGCGAGGAAGGCGAGGACCACGAUAAUCAGGGGGCAAACGGCCCUUUUACAGUGGAUAAAUUUCCAACAGCUACUUGUGAUCCUGACGAGCAGAUCAAUGUGCUCUAUAUUGAUCCAGAGACUAGGCUCCGAGGACCUUUACCAAUCAGACGUUAUCCUCCAUUCAGAGGUGGCUAUCAUUUCUUCUGUGCAGAUUAUAAAGUUAACAACGAAUCAGAAUUAACUGUCAGAAGUGCCAGGGAUUGCUUUAAUGGAUGUCAGUGCCAUCCAAUGCAUUUGUUUCAGUUGGUUGAUAUUAAAAUUGCGGGCUACCGACAUGACCAGCCUGGACGUGCUAACAUCUCUGGCUUUGUCGCUAUGCGGGAUACAGUCGAGCCCUUGCGCAACUAUGUGUAUAAGCGUGAUGUUAACAAUUGUGAAGCUAUCUCUGUGAAUCGAAAGACGGGUGUGGCACGUUUGUCAUUGACCAGCCCUGCUCGAGUUAUUUCAAUGGUGAAUCGUGUGUUGAUUGAGUUUGAGCUCUGUGUCCGGACAGAUGCCCUGCCCGAAGAUAAACCCAAGGGUGAAUGCCUCAUUGAAGGAUGCACUGAGUUCACCGAUUUCCACGAAUCCAAGUCAAAUGUUCAGCACCGACGCAUGUAUGGCGAAAGGUGUGCACUGGAUGUCAAGUACAUGAUGCUGAUCAAUGCGGUGGAGGCCCGAGUUGAGCUCAAGGUUCUCCACCUUGGUGCCAUUGCCGGCGGCGUCAACAUGAAGCUGCUUGCCAAGACCAGUGGCUUCGAUGAGGUGAUCCGACUCUUCCGAGGUGCUGCUCCGGAGCCACACUCCAUUAUGACUUUCGUUGUCGCGGCAGAGAGACGCAAAAACCUUGAUCUUUACAUUGAAGCAGCUCCGAGAGACGAUCCUUUUGUUGGGAAGGAGAAGUCCAUGUCAUGUUCUUGGCAGGUAUACAGCUUUCAGCCUGGCUUCCAUGGGACUGAUGAAGAAGAGGUGAAGCUGGGCGAGUUUGCAGAACUUUCACUAAAGGUUAUUUGGAAAUCAUACGGGUUCUAGUGAAAAGCAGAGUAGUCGAGAGUUUAUGGCUAGCAAAAAUCUGCCGAUGGAUCUGAACUGUUGAGCUCACAUCGAACUGUCCAAGAUUAUUUCAGUACUAGUUGUCGCCAGCGCCGUUUCUGUAUUGUGUCACCUAUUUUCAUUUGUUCAUGAGGUCAUGUACAUUCAGUUAAACUUGCUACUGUUAUUCUUGCUUUAAACUAUCCGUGCAUCUCUGAACCUCGGCCCAGACUGAGCAACGACGUAUCCAAGAACAGUGCAUUUCUUUUCCUUUUAUAUGUGGUAACCUGUAAUUUUUUGUAGCAAAUCCUAUGUCGUCCUUGGUAUCAUUUAAGUUAGUCCUGCAGCUAAUCAGCCAAGUUUCCCAGGCAUAAGAAUCUAUUCCUGAAAUCAUAUUGUGACAUUA